AUGCAACCAGAUCAGAAACCGAUUCCGUUCUCGUUCCUGACCGAUCAAGUUUGGCUUUCGCCUUCAGAACAGUUACCAACCUUCCUCUCAUAUACAAACGAUCGUGUUGCUGAGUUGGUUCGUAGUAAUUUCCAUAAAAAUGAAUAUAUUCGAAGUGAAGCCAAUGGGCCACGUUAUUGUCCUUCGUUGGAGGCAAAAAUUAUCAAGUUUGGCAAUAUGUAUCAUAAGGCAAGUUAUGAUUCGAGAAUGUUUAUUUCUUGA